GGGUAAUUGGCGGGGGGGGGGCGGUUCGUGACGCAACUUCCGUUUCCGCCCCCUCCCCUCCUCGUCUCCAUAGUAACGGAGCCAACGCUCUGGCCUGUGCAGCGUCUGGCGCCUAGGUUAGCUCCGUGUUCAAUUAAAAACAACAAUCAAACCAGCAACAACAACAACGACAACAACAAGCGGCGAUCAACAGGUUGAGCGUGAGCUCAUCGGCAAGAUGGAGCGGCUGAUCGUGGAGCGGCUGAACGCGGAUCCGUUCCGACGGAACUUGAAUCUUAUCUCGCUCGACGCUCUCCCGCCACUGGGCCUCCUUCAGCUGCUCAGCGACGUCCUCGCUCACCUAGACCCGCGACACACUGUGGACGUGCGUGAGGAGUCUCCGGAUCAGACGGCCUUGCGUCUCCUGGGAGCCCUGAAGCUCCUCAAGUACAAACCCCCCGAGGAAGAGGGAGACCGGAGUGGUUUCAGGCAGGGCCUGGUGGCGGGCGACAAAGCGGUUGUCCACUCGCUGCUGGCGUGGCUGCUGCCGCGUCUGGACGAGCUGAAGAAGCGUGCCUACCUGGGCCGCUUCCUGCAGCGGGUCGACGUUCCGGCCGAGCACCUCCAGGACCCCGCGCUCGCGGACGCCCACGCCCAGUACGAGGAGCUGCUGAGCGAGUUCACGUCGCUGCACAAGGCCGUGGACCAACUGCGAGCGUCCGGCUUCAGCAGCAAUGACAUCCGCAAGGACAUCGCGGCUAUGGAAGAGGAGAGGGAGACGUUGGAGAAGCGAGUGGAGCGACUCAAGAGGAAGGGGGAGUCGGUCUCGGGCCAGGCCAAGCUGUUGGAGGCUGUCCAUGGCCUGCGCGUGGAGAGGGAGCGCGAGGAGACGCUGACCCUCCAGAAGAGCGAGCAGCGCAACCAGCUGUUCCAUGUGGAGCAGCGGCUGCAGAGAUCCAAGCAGCAGCUGCAGGACCUGAGGCAGGGAUCGACUGAGCUCAGCCCAGAGAGCGUGCUGCGUCGCGUGCGGGAGGAGCUAAACUUCACCGGCUACAUCGGCGGCGAGAAGCUUCCCGGCGAGCUGGCGAGGGCGCGCGCCCAGGUGCAGGACCUGCAACGCGCCGGCCGCAAGCAGGGACUCGCGCAGGGAGACCUCGACGCCCUGCGCGGACAGAUCGACGAGGUUGGCGAGGAGGUGAGCCGCCUGCUGGAGGGCCGCAUGCGCCGCGGGGACCCGGGCGACGAUAAGCUCGUCCUCUUCAGACAGCAGGCGGCCAUCAUCUCGCGCAAGCGAGCGGCGAGGGCCGAGGAGCUGCAGGAGGCCCGGGAGAGCCUGCAGGAGAUGGAGCACAGCCGGGAGGCACGGGGGGGCGGGGGGCGACGAGGUGGGGGAGACGAGGCCAUCGGCGGGGACGAGUUCAAGCGCUACGUUGCCCGCCUGCGCUCCAAGAACACGGUGUACAAGCGGCAGAAGCAGCAGCUGUGGGACGCCCGAGCCGAGCUGGGCGUGCUGACGCGCACGCGAGACCUCCUCGCGCAGAAGCUGAGCAGUGCUACCCAGCGGCUGCUGGCGCUGGAGGAGCGUCGUGGCGUGGCUGGGUUCAGCGAGGCGCAGGAUGACCUGGAGAAGGUGUCUCGCAGCAAACAGCAGCAUGACGAGGCCAAGGCGCAGACGCUGGGAGACAUGUCCCACAUGGUGCGCGAGUUGAACGCUCUGAUCACCGAAAAGAAGGCCGCUUUGUCUCCCGUGAUCAAGGAGCUGCGCCCCCUGAGGCAACACUGCCAGGAGCUGGGUGAGGAGUACGAGCGUAGGAAGUCUCAGUACGAGAUCUGCGCCGCCGGCCUGGAGGGCAACCGCUCCCAGCUGGAGCAGGAGGUGCGUGCACUGCGUGAGGAGAUUCGGCUGUCGGAGUGCCAUUACCACUUCUCUAAACAGCAGAGCCAGAUGGUGCAGGUGCUGCUGGACAGGGCCGGGGUGGAGAUGCGAGCCUACGUCUCGCCUGACCCGCACGAGCGCAAGAGGGCGCUCCGCGAGCAGUACAACAAACUCAUCCUGGAACAGGAAAACGUGGGCAAGAAACUGCGUGAGCUGCAGCGCUCCGUGCGUGACAGCCACGUGCCCAGCCUGCAGCAGGUGGGCGCCUGGCGCGACGCCGAGCGCCUGCUGCUGCACAAGCUGCAGGCGGUGGUGGCGGUGGUGGUGGCGGCGAGCCCCCGGCAGCCCCGGCGGGGCCGCUCCCCGCCGGGGCCGGCGGCGGCGGCGGCGGGGCACCGGCAAGCCGGGAGGGGAGCGGCGGUGACGACGGUGCAGGGGGAGGUGCAGGAGGAGAGGCUGGUGCUGUCCUGA